CUGUUCAGCAGGCGCUAUCCGGACGACCAGUCCUCGUCAGGAUCGAACGAGCGCUCACCGCGGAAGGACAGCGAUGAGAAAGUCGAGAUUCCGGUGGAGAUCGCGGAGCCGCCCGCGCCUGCGCCUGCGUCCAGCCCAGUCCUCACACCGCUGCAGCUCCGGAGACGCGAGCUGAUCGAGAAGCUGGCCAAGAAUCCGCCCAAAAUCAGCGAGAAGCCGGUGAUCGAUCUUGCCACUGAAGAGGAGAAGCGAUCUCCCAACGAUGAAUGGUUUGAAAAGAAAUUCCAGCAUGAACCAAAGGCACGCAAGGAAGUCCCUGCCGAUCUGUACGUUUUUUUUUCGUGCUAA